CGUGAUUCAGACAUAUGGCCUUCACCUUUUGUCGUCAAGAAACAAGACCAAAAAAGAAGAUGUGAUAAAAAGACAUAAAAAGGAUCGAUAUGGAGUCUUAAAAAUAUUUAUAAUCUUGAUAAAGCAAGUGUAUCCCCAUGCUAAGCAGGGCUUGUGAAGUGAGCAGAGGAUGACUAAGAACCACUUUGCGGUGCUAGGAUUAAAGGCGGGGGCCACAGAGGAGGAGAUCAGGAAGUCCUACAAAUCCCUGGCCAUAAAGUUCCACCCCGACAAAAACAAGGAUGCCGGGGCCGAGGAAAAGUUCAAAGAGAUCGCCGCAGCUUACGAGUAUCUAAAGAGUCAAGACAGAAGAGAGAUCUUGGAGAGAGAUUUAAACAGGCCAAAAGAACAGAAAACUACUAAGGUUCCUCCAAAUUUCACUUACUACAGCUCCAAAGAAAACAAAUCUGAUAAAGACGACUCGGCAUAUUCCAGUAAAUACAAGGGAACAAGCUUCAAAACGAGGUUUGACUUCAAAGAACCGCACGACUUUUCCUGGUCUCAUACUGACACAAAGGAAACAAAAGGGAAGAAGAAGAAGGCGACCCAGAAAGCUCGACGGAAGCCGUGGAGUCAGGAAUGGAACGAGCCCGACGAAGAUUUUGUUCCUGGCUUUGGUGAUGAGAGCAGGUCCUUUUCGUUUGCCUUUAAGACGUUUGUGGAUGAUCUGGACUCUCAUUUUUCCAUGUUUUUCAAAGCCUCCGCUCCGUUCGAGUUUUCUGCUUUCUAUGGCAAUAAAGAAGAUCCAUUUGCUCAGUUCUUCUCAAGUUCAGGAGAAGCAGGUGAAUUUUCUAAGAAGAGAGAGAAGGAGAGGAAGAGAGACGUGGCAGAUGAGUAUGGAUUUAACGAGGAUCUGAAUGAAGAAUUCCUGUUUUCUCCUCGACAAGGGAAGUCUCGGAUGUACAACCAUUUCUCGGACUCCGAUGAUGAACCAGCAUUCAGGUUCAGCAUGUCUGAGUCAGAGUCUGAUCCAGGAUUUGGCUUUUAUCGUUUUUAUGAUGAUUAUGAAGAAACCCGAUUUAAGUGCUCUUUCUGUGGGAAAAUGUUAAAAAUAGAAGCUCUGAAGACUCAUGAACCUGCCUGUGGUCGGCGCCAGAAGAAAGAAGUGAACAUUGACAGCGAUGAUGAGUAUUUUGACCACAAUGGGUAUUCCUCUAAGUACGGCCCCUCCAGUAUCCCCGGGGACUGGCGGGGGACCCACGAGGAGCUUCUGAGACACAUCCGGAGACAGCGCAGGGCCGCCAAGGCCAAGAAACGCGAGGAGGAGUUAAAGAGUGAUCUAGAGACUGUGGUGUGUAGCUGGUGUGGGAGGUCAUUCAGUAGGAAGGCCGCGGAGCGUCACGUCCCGUUCUGUGAAAAGUGGACAAAGGACCAUGGUCGCCCCCAGAGUCCAACAUUUAUGUACCACACAAAAAGCAAGGCAGACAGGGCCAAAGAGUACUCAAAGAAAGUCCCCAAACCCAAAAGACAUCGAACUCCCCACGAGGAGAAAGACUCUCCCCCUACAACACACAGAAGUAGGAGUCGACCCACCAGCUACCCCGAUCACAAGGACCCCCAACCAAAACAGAAAGAGAAACAUUUCCCCACCUCCAGUACUGGGCUACACCCGGCCACUCCAAGGUCAUCGUACACCCCCAAGUCAACCACCCACACUCCCAGAAAUCACACCCCAAGAUUCAAAUCUGAUGCUGAGUCUAAGCAGGGCACCACCACGGGCGCGUACUUCGGAGUGUCCGGUUCUCAGUUUGGUGCCAAGAGUUCAAAGUAUGGAGGCGGGCUUAAAGGUUCCUCAGUUCACGGAACCGGGGUCAAAGGGUCAAGUACCAAGGGGACAGGAAUAUACCAUAAACCCACUCAUGUUAAAUUUGCUACAUAAAGCCCACCAUUUAACCAGCUAUUUAAAGUGCUUCAGAAUUUAUUUCUUGCUGCAAGUUAUGACUGUAUGUAUUAUUAGGAAUGAAGUGAAAAAAGUGAUUUUCUUUUAGCUUCAAAUUUUUGAAGUUUUUGAUAAUUUCUCUGUUGUUUUAACAGAAAUAAUGGGAGGGGGGUAUUUUUUUUUUUACAUUAUUACACAUUGAUAUUAUUUUUUUUUCUUUCUUUUCACAGACAUUAUGUAGCAAUCCUUUUGUCACUAACUUGCCUGAUUUUUGAUAUUUAUGCAUCAAAAUUUAUACAAAAGUUAAAAUUAGUUGAGGUCAGUAAAUAUUUGAUCAUUUUAGAAAUAGUAGUAAAUGAAAUGUUUUUUCCUACACCAUUUACAUUGUAGUCUUUGUAUAAUCUUGAUUUUCCCCCCUUUAUUAUUUUUCCAAAACUGUCACAUGUUAUUCACUUAAUAUACUAUCUGUUCCUUCCUUUUAAAUUAUUUCUGCUUCUUUUCAACUCAUAUUAUUUUUCCUGGUUUUAGGUAGCCAUUCAAACUGUCAGGGGGUUAGAAUGAUAAGGAUGGUCAAACAUUUCUCAGUUUACAAUAUGUAUUUAUAAUUACAAUCUCUUUUAAAUGUCUCAAUCUUUGAAGAAUUACAGACUUACUAAAAGUGCAAUAAUUUCUGAGAUGAGAAGCUAUAGAUGUCGUUAAUAAAGAAUUGAACUGAUUACAUCUUUUGUCAAUUUACAUGUACUAUCGAAAUAAGAACAUGUAUUCUCAUUUUUAUUGUCUUUCUUUAUACCAGUUUAUUGAACUAAUUUUAUUCUGUAAAUUAAUGUGUCUUCCAACCAUUUAAUCAAUUGAUCAGUGCUAUAUACACUGUAUAUAUAUCCUAAUUUCAAGAAUUGAGGAGGUUUUAUCUAUAAAGAAAUAAAUUGGAGACUGUAUGUUUUGCCGUAUUUUAUGAAUUUAUUCUUAUUUGUAAAGAAGUGCCACGGCAUGAUAAAAAAAUGUUCUGGUAAUUUGUAUAUGAUUUAUUUAACAAUAGCACAGAAACUUUUGAUUCAGAUACUUGAAUGUUUUUUUUUUUUUUCUAAACAACGAUGUACAUGUAGAUAUGUUAACUCCUCAUACAUGUAAAAACUGUUUUUCAUGUAGUUAUUUUGAUUGUGUGCUAAUUUUAUUGAUAAACUUUUUGCACUUAAUUAUCCACCAAGUUUUGUAUUACUGAAAUCUACAAGAAUGUUUAUUUUUGUGAUUCCAAAGUUUUAAACACCAGUAUAUAAAUCUAUAUACAAUAAUAUGCCUGGGAGUGGUUCAUUAUUGAUCUGUUUGGAAUUUUAGGCUUCAUUCAUAUUAAAAAAAAUAUUUUAUAAAUUAUAUGCAUGCUUUUAUAAAAACAGCAAUUUUCUUUGAUUUCACUCCUGAUUUAUUAACAGUGCCAAUUUAUAACAAAAUCUUGUUUGAAACUGCCAUUCAAUUUAUUUGAAAAAUAUUACUUGACAAACACAAGUCUGUAAAGUAAAUGAUUUAUUUCUUGUGAUUAUAUAUAUUUUGUUUCUGAUUAAUUUAUUUCAAAAUUCCUAUUCUUUACUUAUUUUCUAAAAUGUAGCUACCUCAGUAUUAUAUUUUUGGUUAAGGAAAAAAUAUUUGCCAUGGAUGAAGAAGUUAAAGUAUUUAAAAUUCUGCAGUGUUGUAGAUACUGGAGGAUUGAUUUGCCUUGUAGGAUGUAAAGAUAUUUUUUUUCAAAUUCAGAUGUUUAUAGAAGUGCUAAAUACAUAUGUCGAACAUGAACAAACGUUGUGUGGUUUACAUACACCUGUGAUACACGUAUUUUGUCUUUUUUACAUUGUAUGUUUUCAUUUUCCUCAUCCGUCCAUUUUAUAAGAAAAAUAUUUUACCAGAAUCUUUCACACAGUGAUAUGGAAAAGGAUGCAUUAGCAGAUGAAGUUUCUUUAGCAGCAUAUUUUCCUUGUAAACUAAUUGUUAUUUAUUUUUUCUCUGCAUGAAAGUUGAUCAACUUUUUGUUUUACACACAUGUGUGAUAUUGUUUUUUGUUACUGGAUUGUGAUUCAUUGUUUUUCUUCAAUAAAUGGGAUAGUUUCUAA